AUGCAACAUCUCAGCUACCCUCCAGAUAAAAAAAUUUAGAAUUAUCAAUUCAGCUUUAGAUCAAAAUUAGGAAAGGGUGCUUAUGGUACAGUUUAUGCUGGUAGAAACACCUUAGAUAAUAAAAUUGUUGCUCUCAAAGUGAUUGACAAAAAAUUGCUUCUGACAGAUUAUGCCAAUCAAUUAAUUGCAUCAGAAAUAGAAAUAAUGAAGAAGAUUAAUGAUUCUCAUGUUGUUAAAUUGUUGGACGUAUUAUAAAGCGCUAAUAAUACAUAUAUCAUAACUGAGUUUUGUAAUUAAGGAGACCUCAGGGAAUUUAUCAAAAAUAGAAAAGUUAUUCCAGAAGAUGAAGCACUCAAGAUCUUGAAUGAUUUAUUAUUAGGAAUCAAGGCUCUACUUAAAAUCGGAAUAAUCCAUCGAGAUAUCAAACCAGCCAACAUAUUAAUGCACGAUAACCAAUUCAAAAUAACUGAUUUUGGUUUCGCAAAGCAAAUCGAUGCCAAUUUGGAUACCAUCAUGAAUUCUUUGGUUGGCACUCCUUUAUACAUGAGUCCUCAGAUCUUGAAACGAACUAAAUAUUCAUCCAAAUGCGAUGUUUGGUCACUUGGUUUGAUCUUGUAUGAGAUGCUCUAUGGAGUAACUCCUUGGCAUUCACAAAACCUUGUUGAAUUAAUGAAUAAAUUGGAUUCUAAACCAUUGUCAUUUCCAGUACAUCCAUAAGUCUCAGAAAACACAAAAAAGUUAAUCAAAGGUUGUCUUUAGAUUAGUGAGGAAAGAAGGUGGAGUUGGGAAGACCUAUUCAACUCUGUUAAUAUCAACCUGAAUACAAGUGAUAAUAAAUAGGAAUCUCCCACUUCAACAGUGAAGGAGGAUACUUAAAUAGGAACUUAAAGGGAGAAUCAAAAUUACAAUUAGUCAAAGUACUCGAUACAAAUGCUUCGAAUAAAAUAAAGAACUGAAUCAUUGUGUCAAUAAAUUAACAAACACAACAGAAGCUUCAGCAACACAGCCUUUCUUACAAACGAUGUGGUUAAGAAAUAUGAGAAUAAAACCCCGAUUAAUGAGAAAUAAAAAUAGGCAACUAGUUAUUUAGAUUUGAAGGAUAAACUAAGAUAAAAUUAGGAGAAAACUGAAAGGGAAAGAAGUAGCUCAUAAAAUUCGAAAUUUCACACAUAAAGAUCAGAACUAAACAACUAUUUGGAGAAGAUCCACAAUGUUCAAUAAAAGCUAAAUAGUAAUAAUGACUCAUGCAGAACCCCGAGUGCCUUAUAAUCUCAUUCAACUAAUACGUCAAAUAAAUAAAAUUGCGACUUAGAUCUAGUCAAGGUGUCUGAAUUUUAAUUUGAGGACAAUAAGGGAUCUGACAAUUUUAUCUUGUUUAGAAAUCCAAAGACCGAAAGAGUGAAAAGAACUAAUAGUCUAAGUGGGAAUUUUGGUUAUUAACAACACUCUCCAUUUUAGGGGAAGUCCUCAAUACAGUAAUUGAUUAAAACGAUGAGUAAUUAAUUGGAACUCAUCCCUAAUCAUGUAAACUGCAAAGUGGAGAUCUUCACUAUGGUUAUUUUGCAUAAGGAUUUAAUCAAUCACACGUAAAAUAAACAAAUCUACACAAAUUAAGAUCUGAGAGAUCUAAAGUUACUUAUAAAUAAUCUAAUUACUUAUUUGAAUUCGAAUUCAGGGGAAUACUCCAGUAAAUAAUCACAAGUGUUGUUGUUGUUAUUGUUAACAUACCACAAGGUGCUGAUUUUCAAUAUUAAAAACAAAUCUUUGAACAUAGAUGCAAAUCUGAUAGAAUCAAUAAAAAAGAAUAUCUAAAUACAAUAGAAUCAGAUGAAUAUUGAGUCUAAAGUGGUUAGAGAACAAAUACAUUAAUUAAUGUGAUUUCAUAAUUUUUAUUUUAUUUUUUUUUGGUUUAUAGAUCAAAUGA